AGGAAGGAGAGGGAAGAGAGGUACCCAGACUAGUCACAUGACCCAUCUCUUACAUUGCCCAGCCUCUGCUUAUCUGUGUUGGACAUCCUGCGUUUAUUUAUUUAAUUUUGGGGAGCAGGGACAGAAAUUCCAAUUCAUACCGCUACACCAAGACCAAGAAAUAGAUUCGCGUGAGGAAUCUAGCGGCAAAAAGAAAUCGCUAUGUCAGAAGUAGUACCCCCUGAGGUGAGACCCAAACCUGCGGUCCCAGCCAAGCCUUCUCAUGUCAGUCAGCCCCCCCCAGCACCAACCCACAGCUCACAGGGGUCAGCGGUGGGAGGUCAGGGGUCAGGGGGUGGAUCAGCUUUGCUGGGAUACAUUGGGAUUGACACCAUCAUAGAACAAAUGAGGAAGAAGACCAUGAAGACCGGGUUUGACUUUAACAUCAUGGUAGUAGGUCACAGUGGUUUGGGGAAGUCUACCCUGGUGAACACGCUGUUCAAGUCUCAGAUCAGCAGGAGGAGCACUGGGUGGAGCCGUGAUGAGAAGAUCCCCAAGACUGUGGAGAUCAAGAGCGUUUCCCACGUGAUUGAGGAAGGUGGGGUGAAGAUGAAGUUGACAGUAAUCGAUACUCCAGGAUUUGGAGACCAGAUCAAUAAUGAAAACUGUUGGGAGCCAAUCUCAAAGUACAUCAACGAGCAGUACGAGAAGUUCCUGAAGGAGGAGGUGAACAUAGCCCGCAAGAAACGGAUCCCUGACACCAGGGUGCACUGUUGCCUGUACUUCAUCUCUCCCACCGGUCACUCUCUGCGACAGCUGGACAUAGAGUUUAUGAAGCACUUGAGUCGUGUGGUGAACAUUAUUCCUGUUAUCGCCAAGUCUGACACCCUGACACCUGAGGAAAAGAAUGAGUUCAAACAGAGGGUGAGGAAGGAGUUGGAGAUGUGUGGAGUAGAGUUCUACCCUCAGAAAGAGUUUGACGAAGACAUGGAGGACAAGAGUGACAACGACAAAAUCAGGGAGGCGAUGCCAUUUGCAGUGGUGGGCAGUGACAAAGAGUACCAAGUUAAUGGCAAGCGGGUUCUGGGGAGGAAGACCCCUUGGGGAGUGGUUGAAGUUGAAAACCCCAAUCACUGCGAGUUUGCUCUGCUGCGAGAUUUUCUGAUCAGGUCUCACCUGCAAGACCUUAAGGAAGUCACACACAAUAUCCAUUAUGAAACAUAUCGUGCCAAGAGGCUGAAUGACAACGGAGGCCUGCACCCCAUCUCCUCCUCUCCCCCCAACGACACACAGGAGAGUAACCUGUGAGCGGCUAGACAGGAAACACAACAGAGAAAUAGGGGAGAUAGAGAUGGUGUUUUGAGUUCAUACUCUGACGGCAUCACUGCAUGCUCGGAGGAUUUUGUUGCUGUACAGAUUUCUGUUGAAAUAUUCUCUCAGUAUCCCUCCAAAUCUUUCCACUGCUUUGCCAGAUAAAGCACACCUCCCAACUGCACAUGCAAGAAUCCUUUUGACCAGAGAGACAAACAGUGCCAACUUCACAAUAAGAAUGGUCAUGUAAAGGCAAAGUAAUUAUCUACAUUUGCUAUUUUAAAUCACACUUUUUUAAAAUCAGUAUUUUGAAACUUUUAGUUUCCACGUUGUCUAACCUUAUCUUCCGCUUGUCUUCAUCCAUUUGUAACCCUGAUUUAAUUAUGUUAGAGUGUCACCAUGUGGAUGGAGGAGUGAACUGCAGCCUUACCACAAUAUUUCAUAUUUUCAGUCACUGCCCCAAAUUACCUUCUUUCAUCUUUUUGCCCCCUCAUUGAUAAUCGUUAUGAGUACAGCAUAUGUUUACAGGAGUCUUCCAUGACUUACAGCAGUAUAAUAUAGUGUACCAUCUUGAUUAUUUCAGUAAACUGGACAUAUGUAAACUAACAUUAACCACAGAAGCUAACAGAUCAUUUUACACUGAAUUUUUCUGCAUAUAGUACCAUUUACCAUGGUGGUUACUGGUAUUCUAGGAUAAAUCGUUUGACAUUUAGCCAUCGUCUAUUUUCUACUGUAGUGCAGUAAACAGACUGGCUCAAGCUGAAGGAAAAGUUGGCUCAAUUGGUACAGCACAAUGCCCUGUCUUUUGGGUCACCCCAAAACAGCUGAAGCACAUGGUGCCAAACACAUUUGGAAAGUUGUGCAAUAUUUACGUUUUUCCCACUCUGCAUUUUUUUCUUUACACUUUUGAACAUGGGUCAGCCACGUACAGUAUGUGCUUAUUUGGUGGCUGGCGAAUGCUGCUCUCUGCACAGAUGAAAACAGUUUGGACUUUGUCUGCAACUGAAAGCUUAGUCUUUCCCAAAACACUACAUUACAUUAAUUCCUUCUUUUGCUUCUAAUUCUCCUACCUACCUCCCCUUGCUGUGAUCACCAAUGGAAAUAUGCUCCUUUAUCUCCUCAGUUUGAGCACCAAAUUUGGCAACACUGUCAAACAGCCUGCUAGCUCGGCUCACAGUUCACUUAUAACCAGGACAGCACCAGUAACACUAGUGGCUGAACUGACAUGGUUGGCUCUCAUUCACCUUGGCAAAAGAGACAAUGGGAAAACCACCUGGUGCCUGAACUAAGCAAGCAUGUCUGGUUCCAGCUCUACAGUGGAAAAUGUAUAUAUGUACUAAGCAAUUCAUUAAUGGUCAGCAUUUAGCCAGUUUUUUCUCACAAUAUUUUAUACAGUCACAUUGUAUGUAUGAGUGGGUGAGCGUUUGCAGUUUUUUUUUUCUAUGUAUAUGAGGAAUCUUGUCAUGUAGUGUGUAGUUUUAUUAUUUACCUAAUGUAAAUAACCAAGGGAAAAGACAAGAUGUAACACAACCAGGAGGGUAACUGGCAAUUUCAUGUUACAGAUUUUAUGUUUGUAUGUAUGCUUGCAAGUACACGUCUCUCUUUCUAAUA